AUGAUUAAAUUUCAAAAUCAACCAGUCGAUUAUGGUGCUAAUGGAUAUCCUUAACCUAAAUAUCAANGUGGAUUUGGUGGAUUAUGUUUUGCAUUAAGUGAGAAUUAUCCUGAUAAAUAUACUUUUGGAAUGGAAAUAAGGGGCAAAGUAGUUAAUUAUGUGGGAGAAAAAAUAAGAGCUUUAAGAAAUGAAGGUUAGGCAAACAAUGUUUCUGUUAUUCGAACGAAUGCAAUGAGACAUUUGCCAUAAUACUUUAGAAAAAAUAGUUUAGAAAAGAUUUUCAUUUGUUUUCCUGAUCCUCAUUUUAAAAAGAAAAAUUAUAGAAGAAGAAUUGUUAAUCCAGGACUUCUAUCUGAAUAUGCUUAUUUAUUGAAACAAAAUGGAAGAAUCUAUUGUAUUACAGAUGUAGAAGAAUUGCAUAAUUGGCAUGUUUUACAUCUUGAAAAGCAUAAGAUGGUAUUUAUGAAAGAAUUAUAAAAAGUUUAAACGAAUUUAAGAUGUGGAAUAGGAUUCUGCUGCAAAACUAAUUUGGAAUUCAACAGAAGAGGGAAAGAAAGUAGAAAGAAAUAAAGGAUCCAAAUUUAUAAUAGUUUGUGAAAAAGUGUGAAAUAGAG